GCCCUUUGAACUGUGAUACAACAGCGCCACCGUGUGGCGGGAAAGAGCCGCUCAUCAUCACAAACAUCAUCCACUGAUGCGAACCAGGGCAGCUGUGUAUCUCUUUCUGAGUGAUGAGGCAUUUAGGAGGCAGCACGAGUGCCGGGCGAGAAACAGACAGAUUCCAGCUCCGCCGGCACGUGAAUGAAGACAAGAAACAGAAAAGGACAGCAAAAGAGAGGAAGAUGCACUCCAAAGACUACAUCCGCAAAGUGCAAAGGACAACAGGAGAGAACGGAGGAACCCAAGACAAGAGCUGGAUCUUUAACUGGAUCGUCCCGCAGAAGUAAGUGCGCCCAAAACACCUCGGAGGAAUUGCCACUUAAUUUCCAGAAGUUCAAAUCUAGGAGAAAAAAGUUUACCAGGCCGAUUGGAUGCUGCUUGUAAAAGGACACGAGGGUAAUUCACAUGCAUGUCAAGCAAGACUUUUUCAGUUCAUUUUAACUGUUUAUAAAUCCAAGUCAUGAGUUAUGUUUCCAUGUUCUUCUGGUUAAAGAGUGUUUCACUCGCAGGACACUAAUCACAGAUGAUUUCGGUGGAAUUGCAUGCAAUUUGAGCGUUUAAGAUGAUUUAAAAUCACUACCAUGGAGCUCAGCAUCGAUCCGGACGCCCGUCUGUCCGUUCCGGGUCAGACUGCAAACGUCUCCGCCUCGUCGCCUUUGCUUAAACAGACUCACGCAGGCGGGUUUAAGAAAGUGUGUCGGAUCGAAGAGGAAAGCACGUGUCCGUUCCCUAGCCUGCCGGCAGGUGUGCUGAAAAUGAGGGUGAAGGAGGGCAGCAAGAUUCGCAAUCUCAUGGGUUUCGCCAUGGCACGCAUGCAGAACGACACCCAGAAUGCCGGUCAAACCGGACUGAGACAGGUCGUGUUCACCGGGUCCGGACGGGCCGUGACCAAAACCAUCACGUGCGCCGAGAUCAUGAAAAGAAAGCUUGGCGGCCUCCAUCAGAUGACCAAGCUGCAGUACAAGGGUCUGCGAGAGGUCUGGGAGAGCCAAGAAGGAGGCGAUUCGGAGGUGACCGUCCACCGGACGCUUCCCUCCAUCAGCAUCCUGCUCUCCAAAGACCCGCUGGACCCGCUGGAACCGGGCUACCAGCCUCCGGAGAACGGCUUGUGGGACGAGAGGAACGGAGGAGAAGCUUCACAGGUGGUGGAGAAACGAUCUGUAGACUCGUCUGAGACUCUGACGGAGCCGCAGGCGAAGAGAGUCUGUCUCUGAGGAUCAUUAAAGACGGUCGUUUGCACCGAAACUCUCUCAGAAACAGUCUGACUGACUUUCAUAACCAAACACACAUGCACAUCAUAUCACAGGCUUGAUGUAGGAGUUUAAAUCCAGGUUUUGAGCAUGCAAGAUAUAAUCAGACGAGCAUUCCCUGGAAAUGCAUAAAUGUAAUAAACAUUAUUUAAAAAUACGACGAGCAAAAAUAUUUGUAUUUUAUGUUUAAAACUACUGGUUUUAGUGUGGAGCCGGUUUUCUGACCCAGAACCACAUUCUUUGGUUGAAACCGGUCCGAUCCAUGCAAACGUCUCGGAUGGGCAUCAAAGUGAGAUGGAGAUGAUAUCAGAUGCUUCAUAACAGGUCAUUCUGCUGGAAAGAUGCUGUGUUGUUUUAUUAGAGAGUUGAUCAAAAUCAUGUUAAGAUGGAGUUUGAGAGCUGACCCAGCUCAUAAUCAACCCACAAAUAAACAUGCACAUCACAGUCUUGAUUUAGGAGUUUAAAUCCAGGUUUUUGAGCAUGCAAUUUAAUUCGUAGAUAUAAUCAGACGAGUGUUGCCU